AGACACACAGCGGUCAGUGCAUUGUCGCCUGUGGCCUAUAUAUUUUUUUAUUUAGUAUAAUACGGGAAAUUUACGGGAAAAUACUAAUACGGGAGGACGGCGGGAAAGAGGAGUAAAAUACGGUAGUUUCCCGGCCAAAACGGGAGACUUGACAGGCCCAAUGGAAUUUCCGAAGCUUCCUCCUCAUGAUGGACCUGUUUUGUCAGUGGUGGACAUGCAUACUGGAGGAGAACCUUUGCGGGUCAUCAUAAACGGUUAUCCAGAGGUGACUGGGGACACAGUCCUCGCCAAACGGCGUUAUGCACGAGAACAUCUUGACCACCUUCGUAAAGUUCUGAUGUUUGAGCCCCGCGGUCACUAUGAUAUGUAUGGAGCCUUACUGGUCCAAAGUGAAAUAGCAGAAGCGGACAUCGGGGUUCUGUUUAUGCACAACGAGGGCUACAGCACUAUGUGUGGCCAUGCUGUUAUUGCGCUGGGGCGCUUUGCUGUAGACUAUGGCCUGGUUAAGUCCCCUACCUCACCAGAGACACAAAUAAACAUACACUGCCCAUGCGGCUUGGUGAAGGCUUUUGUGGAAUAUUCCAACGGGAAAACUGGAGCCGUGAGAUUCCACAGUGUUCCAGCUUUUGUAUUUGCCACAGACGUGAAAGUAACUGUACCGGGAUUUGGUGAAAUCACAGUAGACAUAAGCUAUGGAGGAGCUCUGUAUGCUUUUGUGAAUGCUGACAGCUUUAGAAUGGAUGUCAGUAAAUCCAGAACCAGAGACCUGGUGGAUGUGGCCACUGCAGUGAGCAAUGCAGUCAAAUCUCAGGUGAAGCUGCAUCAUCCUGUUAGCGAUGAUCUAGCUUUUCUUUAUGGCACCAUCCUCACUGAUGGCAAAGAUGCCUUCUCUGACGAGCCUACAGCCAACAUCUGUGUAUUUGCUGACGCUCAGGUGGACAGGAGCCCCACUGGAUCAGGUGUGACAGCCCGCAUCGCUCUGCAGUACCACAAAGGACUGAUCCAACUGCACCAGACCAGGAGCUUUAAGAGCGGUACCACAGAAGCUCUAUUUACAGGCAAAGCAGUACAGGAGACCACCUGUGGAGAGUUCAAAGCAGUGGUGGUCGAGGUUGCGGGUCAUGCCUACUACACAGGAGCAGCCAGCUUCACUCUGGAGAACAGUGACCUCCUUAAGGAUGGCUUCCUUCUCAGAUGAGCUUGUGUUAAUACUGAAGGCAAGACUUAAUUAUUUGGAGUGAAUUUGUGCCAAAUUUCAGUCCAUUCAUAUGCAAAUGUUUAAGCAGUGAAAAUAAGUCCUAAAGAUAAGAUCUAAAACAACAUCUGUUGAUUGUAAUGCACAAUUUAUAUUUAUUUACUGAAUGUAAUAGUAAAUACAUGUGAAACACUUUUCUAAUUUAUUUUUGUUUUAUCCAAUACAUUGGCAUGUCAAAUGUCAUGGAGUGCUUGCGGGUACAAUUUGAGCUAGCAGUCACCGGUCAUUAUCUUUAUAAUGCCCUCUGUUUCUUAUUACCGACAUACAUGUGACCCUGUGGAUGGAGGAGUGUUAGAUGUCUUCAGAAAAUAAAACUGACAAGAUUCAACCUCACUCACAGGACAACACCUCAGAAUUUACACAAAUAUGGGUGUUCCCAAGCAGACCUCUGAGAUAACACUUUAUGAUCAAUUCACAUACUGUUAUCCGAUGACUUUUGGUAUGUCAAUGUAUUAAGUAAAUAAACUGGAAGUGAUUUUAUAUGUGCAGCUUUGUGUAACCUGUAGACAAAAAUCAGCAAAACCUUUUUUUAGCAGAGAUGUCCGUACAGGUGCUAUUUCACAUUUCUUCUGUGAUCAUAACUAUUGGGUCCAGUUCAUUUGAUCUAUAUUUCAUUUGCCUUAAUAAUGAAUAAAAUUCAGUUUAAAAAUAUA